CUUGAAGAGACGUGUCCUCAAAAAGAGAAACAGAAUUAGAGAAAAAAAAAUAUCAAAGUUACCCAUUUUUACACAUUUUUUUUAUUUUUAUUUUUUUUGCAUCGUCGAUUCUAAAAGGGAGAACCCCACCCCAAGCUUUUUUGGUUUUUUUGUUUCUUUUUCGCAUCGUCUGCGUUUUACUGUCACUAGUUUUUGGAGCAGCUGACGGUUGUUUCUUUUUUUGCUCAAGUUUCUUUUCUCUUUUCAGGUUGAUCAGGUUCCCAUACAUCACUUUUGUUGUCUUGUCUGUUUUUUUUUACGAAUCCCCCACUAGUUCGAGUGUUUGCCAUGGCGCCCAUUUUGUUGAAGAUCAAGGGCAACAAGUCAUUUUCCCCAUUUUGCAACUUGGACUCGGAAGACGAACUUUCCAAGACUUGGCGUGUAUGCACCAAAGUGAAAGAUUCAUUGGAGAAUGGAUCUCGUUUGGAAAAUUUGUCUUGGCGUCUUUGGUUUGUUCACAACAUCCUCGUGGAUGGCGCAAAGAAAAAAUCGCAAUUUAAAAAGCUCUCGUCAGUAACCACCCGUAAACUCGAUAAAGAGAAAGGUCAACUGCAGCUUGGAGCCAAAACCAAUUACAGAGCAAAAGGACAACCAAUCAAUCAACAACAACAACAACAUGGUUCGCGCACUUCUCACGGAUCUUGCACGUCCUUGAAUGCCUCCUCGCAUUCACCACCUGCACCUGCACCAUCAUGUCCUUCCUCUUCUUCUUCUUCUUCCUCUCCCCCUCCUCCCCCUUCAGUAACGUCUACCAACGGCACUAGCAACCACCCGCAGACCAUACCACAGAAUGAUCCGAUGAUAUCUCAAUCUAGCCACCUUCAAGACCGAGACGAAUUACAUUAUCGCCGAUUCGUCCGUCAGCAACAACCAUGUCAGCAACAGGAACCACCACUACAGGCACGAACAAAGUCAUCUGUUUCCAUGCCACAUACGAAUGAAUCAUCCUCUGCAUCGGCUUCUAUACCUUUCAGUCAGCCUUCUUGCAGGCUCAGCAGCGAAUCUAAUUCUUGUUCUUCUUCUUCUAUUGCAAAGACGCCCACCGCCGUGACCUCUGCGACAUCGAAUCCAACGAACCAAUCGAAUCCAGAUAUCACUGUUGACCGUUCGUACCCUUCAGACAUGCCUGGUCGGCAGGUGACGGAAAAUUUUGUCCUUCACCAAUAUACGUCUGAUCAAGCAUGUGAUCAAGUUGUGGAACUGGAAGACAUCUUUGGCUCGUUUGGCGACAUGCAACAGUUUCUGAAUUCAGUUCCCGGAGAUGUUCCGGCAGUCGACAUGCAGCUUUACGAUAUGCUGCCAGACGACUGGAAUCACUUUUCCUCCCCUGUUCCCAACCAUUCCUUGCCUUCACAAAAUGGUCCCAUCCUUCAAUCCACCCCCGGGCCAACCUCCAUCCAUCAUCCCUAUCUCAACACGUACUCUGACGUGUAUCAGCCAAAUCCUCCCUUCAAUGCGUCUCUCACCAAUCUCGGUCAAUCUUUGCCCCAGACAUCGGCCCAGGGAUCUCAAACCGGACCUGUUCAGUCGCAACCGUCAUCUUACGAGAUAUCCUCCACCCGACCGUCCCCUUCUCCCACUCUGCCAUCGUCUUCUGUCUACCUAUCAACCAACCCCAACGGAUCCAUGAAUACGACGCCCUUGUCGGUAUCCAACGCAACCAAACCCGACGAUCCCAUGGUACUGGAUUCCAACUAUUCUUCCUUCUUUACUAUCCCGAAUGGUGCUUUGUAUAAUAAGCUUUUGGCCACGUUCCCACCGGAAAUGCUGCAAUCGGCUGAACGACUAUUAUCUUCCGGUAAUCUGUCGCACUUGGCCAUGACAAACGAAGCCUAUGCCGAUGCAUCACCAGCCCAAAUGACUUUGUCCACAGCAAGAGACAUGUCUCACGGCACAUCGCCUGGAUCGGACAAUCCCAACCCCAACAUGCAGUACGCAUUUCUCCCUCCAUCCGUAUCGCCCUCUUCCCACCCCAAACCGUCCUUCUCUUCUCACACCUCCGUAUCACAAUCGGUGCCUACUUCUCGAGCGACCAGUCCUUCCCCGGAUGGGCCGGACACCGUUCCUGGUACACGAAUCAUCAACAGCUCUCCAUCCGAAGGCAAGAAUCCCAUUUGCAGCAACUGUGGUACCUCCACCACGCCAUUAUGGAGACGAUCCACCGAGGAUGAAUUACUGUGUAAUGCUUGUGGAUUAUACCUGAAACUGCAUAAUGCGCCGAGACCGAGACAUUUGAAGCCUCAUACUAUGCGCAACAAAGACGGCCGACCAGGAACCGAGGAUGAAACGCCUGUCCAAACUGUAUGUUCAAACUGUGCCACGACCACCACUCCACUGUGGCGUCGCGAUAUCGAGGGAUCACCAUUGUGUAAUGCUUGUGGUUUGUAUCUGAAACUGCAUCAUGAGAAGCGGCCACUGUCGAUGAAAACAGACGUGAUCAAAAAGCGGCAACGCUGCGAAAACAGCACGCAUUCCAACGUGGCUCAAGCAGGCAUCAACAUCCUCAGCAUGAACGGCCACAGCGGUUCAUUGUCGUUGCAAAACAAGGGAAAACAAGUCAACAAAUCACGGUUUGCCAACCAUCACGGCAAGGAUUAUCGUUGUCAAGGGACGGAAUCCACCCAUCCAUCUACCAUGUGUUCCACGUUCACCCAACCUUUGCGACACACAUUCUCUACCAGUAACCCACCGUCCGGGUGGAUGGCAAGUACAGCCGCUUCCGGUUAUUUGUCAUGAAUGAUGUCUGCCAAAACAAACAAGCAAAGCCAGAAAAAAAUUCAAAAACAUUAGCGCAUCCCCACAUUUACAAUAGUCAUUCUCGGGAUAUUGCCAUGCUGCCCGACCCUUUUUUUUUUUUGUUUAAUGUACACACCCAUUAUUAUCAUUCUAUUUCUCGCUUUACAUCAUGUUUAUUCCUUUCAGCACUGCUUCCAUAAAUCAUUUUCUCGCCAUGUUUCUGCCAUUGUCAUCAGCAUGAUCAAGAUCAUGAUCAUAUUUGCAAUGAAACGAGGCGGAUGGAUGGCACAACUUCUUCAGUGGGCCUCAAUUUGCACUAGAUGAUGCAUAUGGAACGCCUCCGGCAAGCGGAUCAUGGUCGGUCUUUCUGCAAAUAAAGCUUCUUCCAUGACAAAUGCCUGAAACUUUUAGCCAGCCAAAUGGAGUCUGUCAUUGGUGGAAGAAAGGA